UAUGUCCAAGUGAUGAGUCUGACAUUGUCCCAAGGCACCUCACCGAGUGUCAAGAGAUGUCAAAUUUUAAUUGAAGUGUCAAGAUCAUUAAGUAUAAUAAAGGGGAACUUAUCAUUAAACUGUUUAGAUGAGGUUAUGUUUAUAAAUGAAUUAAUGCACUGAAUUGUUCUAUCGGAUGAGGAGUGGACGUUUAUGGCUUGACAGAUAAGGGAAGCCAGUGUCGUGAGAAUGGGUGUGCCUGGACAGGGUGAUUAGGAUAAUGGUACGUAGCAUGAAUGGUCAGUCUAGUGAGAAAAGGCGAGUAGAGCAGACGUAUUUUAUUGCUACGAAACAGAUUAAUGCUCUUUAUCACUUUAAGCUGAUGAUAUAAUGGGGAUAAUGCGUGUUGUAGAAUAACCCAAGGUUCAUCACCACAGGCGUCAACUGACCUUUACCGAUAAAGCCUGAUCAGUACCCGGAAAAUAUUUAGUAACCUGACAUGCUAUAGAUGGGCCGGUCUAUAUAACAGCACACUACACAGGGAUAUUCAUAUCAUCAUUAUUUCUAUUAAAAAAACAACAACAACAAAAACGAAGCAUGGCAGUCAAAGUACCACCAAAAGAUCUACCUUUACUGUUACCUGCUUUGAAGAAACAACUGCCGAUGUCCCUAUGCGUUUACACACCAAUAUCAUUAAUUACACGAGGAUUGACCGGAUAUGACGUAUAUGUCGACCGAUUGCCGGAAGUUAGUUCAGUUGUCGUAAUAACGAAUGAGGAAGGCUUGAAUGACCAUGACCACGAGAAAACCACGUGCAUUUACACUUCAGAAGACACAGAGGAUGUCGUACUACGAGAUCUACUUGGUAAAAGUGGUCUGCUUAACCAGCCCGUUAUUGUCGCUCCGUUUGUGUCGUUGAAAACCAACCGAAUCAUUAAAGACAUCUCGUGUACAGAAGGUUCCUUUGUAGAACACCUAUCCAUUACAGUGCCACUGUUUUGCUGUACCGCUGUCGGCCAGUUACCUGAACUGCCAAAAGGAUAUUCAGCAAGAUGUCUCCGACACGAAGACUUUGAAACAAUUUUAACGGGUGUGUGGUAUAAGGAUUUCGACUACGUCAAAAGCGUAAAACGAGUUUUGGCUCUAGGAGCUCUCAGUGUUGGAGUUGAGGACUCCUCUGGCAAGUUGGUUGCCUGGACACUGCAACACAUGAGUGGAAUGUUGGGAAUGACAUUCGUCAUACCGGAACACAGGAACAAAAAACUAGGGAAAUACGUAACUGUGGCUCUCACGCAGAAAAUGAUAGCUCAAGAUGGAUUCUGUUUGGCCGGGAUAGAGGAAGAGAAUUCGGUAUCAGUAGCAUUACAUGAAGGAGUGGGGUUUAUCAAAAUGGACCAGCCAUUCGUUACAUCAGUUUAUUAUAAAAAAGGAUGUGAUGCUGGUAUAGAACAUAUCAAAAUACCUUCUUCAGAGAAUAAAAUGUGGAAAUAGAUACGUAUUUCAUAAUCGCAAACCGUUGACCGUUUGUAUUGAUUCAGUGGCUGUAUAAGUGUUAAAUACCCUGUAUAAUUUUGGUUAUGUUAAUUAUGUUAUGUUAAUUAUGUUAUGUUAAUUAUGUUAUGUUAAUUAUGCUAUGUAAAUUAUUGUUAUGUUAAUUAUAAUAUGUUUUAUUAUUUUCUGUUGAUUAUAACAUGUUUAUUAUAAUAUGUUAUUAUUUUAUAAUGAUUAUGCUGUUUGUUAUGUUACGCUAAUUAUGCUAUGUAAAUUAUGUUAAUUAUACAAUGUUUAUCAUUUAAUGAUGAUUAUGCUAGCUAGUUAUGCUAUAUUGAUAAUGCUAUGUUAAUUAUGUUAUGUUGAUUAUAUGGCGUGAAUUAUGUUAUAUUGAUUAUAUGAUGUGAAUUAUGUUAUGUUGAUUAUAUGAUGUGAAUUAUGUUAUAUUGAUUAUAUGAUGUGAAUUAUGUUAUGUUGAUUAUAUGAUGUGAAUUAUGUUAUAUUGAUUAUAUGAUGUGAAUUAUGUUAUGUUGAUUAUAUGAUGUGAAUUAUGUGUUGUUUAUAACAUCAUGCGAUAUUAAUUGUACUAUAUGCGUUUGCUAUAUUUCAUUAUGUUACAGGUACAAGGGGUCCGCGGUGGCCGAGUGGUUAAGGUGUCCCGACACUUUAUCACUAGCCCUCCACCUCUGGGUUUCGAGUUCGAAACCUACGUGGGGCAGU